AUGAUUGUUAUAAGUAUUUUAUGGAUCUUUGUACUAAGUAUUAUUAUUACUAAUUCUACUGUAAAAUCAGUUUCUCGAAUUCAAAAUCCUAUCGUAACCAAACCAUGGACAUUAUUAAGUCGAAAUAAUGCACGUCUUGACAGAUUAUUUAAAAAAUAUCAUUCAUUAUUAAAUAUAGAAGCAUUCAAAACAAAUCAUUUAUCGAACAAAACAAUAAUCUAUUCUUGUCAAUCGUUUUGUGGUGGUUGGGGUGACCGUUUACGUGGCAUUAUGUCUGCUUAUGUUCUUGCUUUAUUAGCAAAUCGUCGUUUUAUGAUUGAUAUGAAUUAUCCUUGUGAAAUUUCGAAAGUUGUUCAACCGAAUUAUAUUAAUUGGACCCAUAUUAAAUAUGAUAAAUCAAAAAAUCGAAGUCAACUGAAUAUUAAUACGAUGCGUUCAUGGCAAACAGCGUAUCGAGGUCAAAUAUCAGAUAUAAUUAAAUCAAAGAAUUUCGUUGAAGUUUGGUCAGAAUAUGAUGAUAUAUCGAUAUCAACAAAUGGUGACUAUAUGACACCAGCACUUCGUAAUAAUUACAUGAAAAACAGAACUCGACAGUUACUCGGUUCAAUGCCAUUAUCACAUGCCACAAUGCAAACCCUAUUUGAUCUUCUUUUUGAACUUCUUUUCAAACCUUCUGCUCUUGUUCGUAAUCGAGUUGAUUCUAUAUUAGCUAAUGUUUAUCAUCGACAUCUUCUUUGUUUACAUAUUCGUGUUGGUAAAAAUCCAACAAAUCCGUUUGAUCAUGCAUUUACAGCUCGAGUAAAUACAACACAAGCUAUGAUAGAUUUUACUGAUGAUUAUAUAUUAAACAAAUCAUUACCAGUAAUUUUUGUUACAUCUGAUAGUGGUCAAGCUGUAUCAGAUGUUCUACAGCAUUAUCCAAAUUCAUCGAUGACGAUUGUUGGUCCUAUUUUACAUAUAGAUCGAUUUGAUCGGCGAUCAUCGACUCUAUGUGAUGGAUUUAUUAAAGCUAUUGCUGAUUUUUAUCUUUUAGGCGAAUGUCAAACAUCAAUUUUAUCAAAUAGUGGUUUUUCAUCUUGGGCUAAUCGUCGAAGAGAACAUCCCUAUCAAGACUUUUAUAGUUAUAAUGAAAAGCUUAGAGCAAUAAGAAAAAAUUAA